CCACCUUCACUCUGGCACACAAACUCCCACCGCAGGGCUCUUUGACAUUUGGGCUCCCGACCAAUGGGCUGGUAAAAGGCACAUGGGCAUUUCUUUAAAGGCAGGCCAGGUGCUCAUAAGUGCUGCUCCCACAAACUCUCCCUCCAGUUGGCCCCGGGGUUCCCUCUAAUAAUAGACAAACAAACCUGGAGCCGAACAAGAACGCUCCAUAAUGUUUGGUUACGGCCGAAGUAACUUCACCUGGAAUGGAACCCUAAGAGAGCUGGAGGGCCGCCGGCCGCCCUGCUUCACAGAGCGAAGCCGGCCGAGUAUGACAGCCCCCCCGAGCUCCUCCAGCGGCUUAGAGGUUCUCCUCUCCACCCUGCAGAAUGCGGGAGAUGUGGAGAGCACUAUAAAUAUCCUCAAUGUCCUGGAUGAACUUCUGUCUGCUGGUACAGAUCGUCGGAUCCACUACAUGAUCACCAAAGGUUGCAGCGAGGCCUUGCUCACUGCACUGGUGAACACCGGCCGCAGCUUCAGCCCCAACUUCCAUCUCCUGCUGCCGCUGCUGCACCUUCUGGCUAAAAUUGGACACAGAGAUCGGCGUAUAGGUGUGAAGGCAGAGGAUGCCGGAGCGGCGCUGCUGACUCUCAAUCUGCUCAGACAAAACAUCAAAUAUGCCAGGAGGGCUGCUGCCUGUCUCUGGGUGAUCCAAGUAUUUUCUUCAUCAGUUUCUACAGCAAACCUAAUUGGAGAAAACCAUGGAUUGGAAACCGUCUAUCGACUCAUCCCCCACUUUACCACCAAACAUCUGCACGCCAUCAAGGCAGCAGUCGAUGCCUUCGCUGCUCUGCUGUGUACAAAGGCUAACGUUUGCUCGGUGGUAUCCAAGGGUUACGUCGCUGGCCUCUUGCGGCUUUACGAGGACUGGCACGCCAAAGCAGUCCAACACGGUGCCGUGGCGAUCUGCCACUCACUGCUGCGCUGCCUCCAUAAGGUCACUCACAGUACUGCGGGCAGACAGGCGUUCGUAUCCCAGGGAGGGAUCCGACUACUGUACGGAACGACACAGACAUGUUUGCUGAGUAAAGACCUGGAGUCUCUCGUGGAACCCUCUGUGCAACUGAUGAGAAAGUGUCUUACUAAAACACCUCUUCCACUGACCUCCGACCGGUCUGCGUACUCCUUCCCCAUGCCAGGAAGGGCGCACGCUGUGCCUGCUAUGGACGCCGAACCAGAUGAGAACAGUGAGGAGACUGAGGAGGACGACAACGAGGCUGAAGACAGCAAGGAGGCCGACUUUGAUGAAGAUUUGGAAACAGAUCUCCACAAACUUCGACUUCGCCCUGACCCAGACAGACCCAAAGAGCUGCUGCCACAGUACAGCCGCCUCUGUCCUGAACUCUCACAUGAUUUCCAGGAGCUGGGUUUGUGUUCUGAGCCAGAGAAGAGCUCAGCGGCAUCAUCGACAUCAGACGGGGACGCUGCGCUGCUCAACGGUUCACAGUCUCACCUCUCCGGGACAGACGGUGGGUGGAGCGAUUCCUCCACCUCUUCGUCAGCGUCAGACCCUAUGGGACACACAGCUGCUCUUGCCCAAUUAGAAGCCCGUGAUUUCCACAGUCACAGAAGCAUCCUCAGCACCGGCCCCAGCUUCAGGACCAAGGUUAGAGAGGCAAGUGGUGAAGCCCCCUGCGUUCAGAGUGGAGAGGAUCAGGACGAGGAAGAUGCAGAUGAAUCCCACCAUGGUUCCAUGAUAGACAGGUUAUUGGAGAAGCAUGGCGUCUGCAUCCCUCAUCACGAGCCCAAGCUGUACCGCGCCGCAGCUGCCAGAACCAAAUCUAUUCCAGGCUUCAGCCUCCUGGCUUUCCCCGACUUCUGGGGGCACCUCCCGACGCCAGGACAUGAGCCCAUGGCCCCGCGCAAACCCAACGUACAGAGGCAGAAAGUGUUUGAGGAUGUGCAACGCUUUCUGAUUACUGAUGGAAUAAUCAACCAGGUAGUGUUUGACCUGGAAGACAGCAGUCUCCAGUGUCCAUCUGAUUCCUUGAGGUUUUUCUCAGGGUUUGAAUGUGGGAACCUAAGGAAGGCUGUCCGGGUCCGCAGAUGGGAAUAUGACCUCAUAUUGAAUGCAGAUGUUAACAGCAGCCAGCACACCCAGUGGUUCUACUUUGAAGUCAGUAACAUGGUGGCAGAGGUUCCCUACCGCUUUAAUGUCAUCAACUGUGAGAAGAGUAACAGCCAGUUCAACUAUGGGAUGCAGCCCGUGCUUUACUCCGUGACGGAAGCUCUGGAAGGAAGACCACACUGGCUCAGGACCGGGACGGAAAUCUGUUAUUUCAGGAACCACUUUUGUCCAGCUCGGGGAAGAAGGAAAACAACCUUUUACACUCUAACCUUUACCAUCACCUUCAAGCACAAUGAGGACGUCUGCUACCUGGCCUACCAUUAUCCCUACACGUACUCCGCUCUCACGGCUCACCUGAAGGUGCUGCAGAACUCGGUGGACCCGGCCAAGGUGUUCUUCCAGCAGCAGGUUCUUUGUUGCACUUUGGCUGGAAAUCCGUGUCCCGCGGUCACCAUCACCGCCCGUCCAGCCAGCCGGGGCUGGAAAGACAUGCACCAAGUCCGUAACCGUCCCUGUAUCGUGCUAACAGGCCGCGUCCAUCCCGGCGAGUCCAAUGCCAGCUGGGUGAUGAAGGGCACCCUGGAGUUUCUGUGCAGCAGUGACCCUGUGGCCCAGAGUCUGAGGGAGGCCUUUGUCUUCAAGCUCAUCCCCAUGCUCAACCCGGACGGAGUCGUCAACGGCACGAAUCGUUGUGAUCUGAGCAGCGAGGAUCUGAAUCGUCAGUGGUCUAAACCCGACCCCGUCCUCUGUCCGACCAUCUACCACACUAAAGGGUUGCUCUACUACCUCAACAGUAUAGGACGGACGCCACUGGUGUUCUGUGACUACCAUGGCCACUCCAGGAAGAAGAACGUCUUCCUGUAUGGUUGCAGCGUUAAGGAGACUCUGUGGCAGUCUGGCUCUGCCGUUAACACCGUGGGAUUGAAAGAGGACCCUGGCUAUAGGACCAUUCCAAAGACCUUGGACCGUCUCGCACCGGCCUUUUCUUUCAACAGCUGCAACUAUUUGGUGGAGAAGUCCCGGUCUGCCACGGCCCGGGUGGUGGUCUGGAGGGAAAUGGGGGUGCUGAGGAGUUACACCAUGGAGAGCACCCACAACGGCUGCGACCAGGGCAUCUACAAGGGCCUGCAAACAGGAACCAAGGAGCUGCAGGAGAUGGGCGGGAAGUUCUGCCACAGUCUGCUGUCCGUGACCAAAGACGUGAAGUCGCUCGACAGCCAAAGACUCAUCGGCCACAUCGACAACGACGUCCUGGACCACAAGUCUCACAACUGCUUCGAGGACGACGAGCCCCCGUGCGUCGAGCAGAUCGAGUAUUCCGCAGACUGUCCCGCACCUAACGGCGCCGAUCUGGAUUCGGACGUCAACGCCAACGCGACCGCCGCCGAUGAAGAGGAGGACAACGACGGACACGGGGAAGCAAAAGUUUGCAGCGGCGGCGUCGGCCGAGCGCUGCAGUCGAGCGCGAGGGGCCGCCUGUUCCCGCCCGCCAUGUGACAGGCGUCCUGCGUCCUGAGCAUCAGCGCACAGAUCACAAGCUUCUCAGCUUUCUUCUUCAGAGCUCAGCAGGUGGAUUCGAAUGAAAAUAAACUGUAGCUUUGCUGGUAAAUGAUGCACACAAACCAAAGCUGAAAAGAAGUAGUUGCGUCCAGAGUUAAUAUACUUAAUAUACUAAGUGUGGACCAGUGCACCUGGAACCAACGCUUCAUGCGUCUUACAGGCAGCUCCUCAGCGCCAGGUGCAGAGCUGCACCCGUCGGCAAAGUCAACCAAUUAAAUCCAGUACGUGGCGCGUUCGACUACUUUUCCACUAACUUCCUGUUUUAAUGCCAGUAGAUGAGGUCGGAAGGAAUAUUGAUGUUAGCAAAAGUUUAUAAUAAUGAACAAUGUAUCAAAUAUUUUCCCCUGAAAUAGCAGCAAUCAGAAGCAAGAACCCAACGUCUGCAUUGAGUGUUGCAACACGUCUGGGUGUGAUCACAAUUCACAUAUUCAUACCAAGCACUGAAGUCUAUUAUUCAAAAAACAUCCAGAGUAAAGCAGGGGGUCCCGAGGUUGGAGAUCUCGCUCUAAAUGACUCUUUGUCAGCAGUGUUACGUCACGAUAGUCUUAAUGGCUGGAUCGGUCUGAGGCGGACGUGACUAAAUUUACUCCCAUUUAUGAAAAGAGCAAACACACAAUAAGCCAACGGACUCCUGUCGUAGCUCACAAAUGAACUACCCAGUUUGCCACAUACUUCAUUUAUUCAAUCAUAGCGAUCACUGUGGGAAGUGGUGCUGUGAAGAACGUCUCACUCCACUCGUUGGGAGUAUCAUGUGUUAUGAGUUCUGGCUACUUGUGAGCCGUGUUGAGGUUUGUCACUAAGGCAGGAAGUAGCAACGUGGUGUCCUACAGCGGCAAAAUGUGCAACAUUAUAAUGGUGUAUGUGAAAAGAAUUUGUGCAUGAAACGUGUAUAGUGUACCCUUAAAAGCUCUGAAUAUGUUGUGGUCUGGAUUCUAAAAGAUAUUUUUAAUUUGCAGUGAAACAUAAUUGAAAUGUGGAGCUCUUGGGAUACUUAUGUUUGUUUUGUGGGUCAGAUAUGAAAUGUGCUUUGAGGAACUAAAGAAUACGUCAUACUUCAUUUUUCCAUCACUUCUCAAAAACAAUGACUUUGUUUUGUUGAAAAUUAAAAAUGUGAAUAGACCUAAAAUUCUCUGAGUAAAAAUAAGUUUGUUUGUUAUAUUCAAUCCCAACUUUUAACAGGUUCGUAACACAAUUCUAUUCUUAACCAAAACUACUAAAUAUAUAUGGGUUUUAUUUGGGCACCCUAAUGUAGCAAUCCAUUGACACCAACAAUGGUUUUAUUAUGCUUAUAUUAUGUUUAUUAUUUUGUUUUUGCAUUGGGGGGGUCUCAACACUGAGAAAACGGAGAAAGUUGCUGUUCUUUGAAAUGGACGUUUUCAUUUGAAAUCUCUACCACACGGAGUAGUCGAUAAACGCAAAGCUAUUUGUAACCACUGCAAACCGGAAGUAUCUUUUCGCCAGGGUACUACACGCCUCAAGUACUGCCAGCCUAAAGUACUACGAACCUAAAAUACUACGACAACCAGCGGAGCGAGACUUCGGCGUACGUGACAACUGUCCACCAACCAACGCAAGAAUAAUGAGGCGUCUUUAGAAUUGCUACGAAUGAGCAGACCAUGUAAAGCUCCAUCAGAUACCGGUGGCCUUAUCACAAAAUAGCCCGACGUGCAGCUAAACGUCACUGGGCUCCAGCACACAGUACGACGGACGCUAUCUCAAUCUGCCGGGACGAGGAUUGCUGCUGAUGACGCUAACUUGUAGCUUUCGCCUGCACCUUUGUAAACAGACAGAUAAGGACUUUAUGUCCCAAGACAUUACAAUUCCCGCAGAAUUGGCUGACCCCAUCUUCUCAUUACAGUGAUUCACUAGUGUAAUAGCACUUUAAUCCCAGUCAAUACCAGAGUGCCUGUCUAACCCUCUUAAGGGCUUAGCAUAGCAAUAUACCAAUGUACACAGAUUAUAAUAACAGGCAUAUAGUGUAUAAUAAUGAGCUGGACCUCUUGCGCAAGUCCUUACGUCAGACCACUAAACCUCGCCAUGUUUGGGUACAAAAUAAAAAAGGCACAUAGGGCUGUCCGCUUUUUGUUAAAAGUGCCAGAUCUUUCGUGGACUGGUCGCGGUAUCGGUACGAGGAUGCAUCAUACAGCUAUGGGUACCCACACACCGCUGACGUUACUAUUCAUUUAUUCUCCAUUUUUUCUGAUUCAGCAACUGUCUGCGGGACGCCAGUGACAAUGCUGAGCAUCUUAACGCGGAUAUGCUGUCACGCCGCAACGUCGAAAUAUUUCACCUUUUCACGAGUUUGACUGAAUUUGCAUGGACUUUGUCGCAAACAUUCACACGCGUUUGGUGUGAACCAGUCGCAGCUGGUCCAUAGAGGGAAAUGGGCGUGGCCCAUCAUGAGUGCCAGAAAAAAUAUUUGUUUUUGAAACGUGGAUUAUAUAUUCGGUAAUUUUUGUAAAAAUAAAGAUCUUUGCUUUGCCUGCACGCAGGGCCUGGUCUAGGCCAUUGGCUGCCCUAUAGCGAUGUGCUAUGAGUGCAAAAAUGCAAUAAACAAUAAAUAUAAACAAUCUUGCUGCAAAUGUUUUGGACAAUUCUCAUGACCUUUUAGGAUUUUGCCGCAGUUUUUCCAGCCAUUAAGUCCACUGCUGAUCAGGUUAAAGCUUUUCAUUGAGAAGCAGUAAAGAGUAUUUUUUGACAACCAGCGUCUCAUAAUUUAUUCUCUUUUCACUGUCGGUAAAAAUACGGUUGGUUGGGAAAGGUGAAAUCUGCGGUAUGAUAUGGUCCUCUACUGACUUAUUCAGUCCUCACUGUCAGACAGGGUUGGCCAGUCAGCAGGAUCAACCGGUUCUCCCCUGAUGGACUCAUGGAUAUCAGACCUUGUGGGGGAUAAAGUGUCAAUCGGGGCAGGUUGUGUCUGUUGCUCCUUCACCUGAAGGCAAAUACAUACAAUUGAUGUUCAUCUUUUAAUACAGAUACAUUAUGGCGA